AAUUAGCGGGCGGGUUAAAUUGAGUUGCAAUGGCUAAAUGUUACGAUCAUCUCUUCAAACUCCUACUUAUUGGUGAUUCGGGUGUUGGAAAAACAAGCAUUCUUUUUCGAUUCUCUGAAGAUGAGUUUAAUUCUACUUUCAUAGCUACCAUAGGCAUCGAUUUCAAAAUCCGUACAAUAGAUAUCGAUGGUAAGAAAAUUAAAUUGCAGAUAUGGGAUACUGCUGGUCAGGAACGUUUCCGGACUAUUACAACAGCAUAUUACCGGGGAGCCAUGGGCAUUAUGUUAGUUUACGAUGUUACGAAUCGAUGUUCUUUCAGCAGCAUAAAAACAUGGAUGAAUAACAUAGAUCAACAUGGUAACCAAGACGUUGAGAGAAUGCUUCUUGGGAACAAAUGCGAUGCAGAUGAGGCUAGAGAAAUACCAUAUAAAGAAGGCCUUGAGUAUGCCAACUCACAUGGAAUUCGUUUUAUGGAGACUAGUGCUAAGUCUGGUAUUAAUGUCACCGAGGCUUUCAAGGCACUAGCACAAGAUAUAAAGGUCAAAAUGGAAAGAACAAUAGUAAAACCUGAAUAAUCCACCUAGAGAUGAUACUAGAAAUAUCAACAGCAAACGGCCAAAACGCCAAAUAUGGCGAUGUUCCAUAUUAUGAGUGGAUUUUCCAUUGGUCUUUCGAAAAAGCCCCCUUAAAAACAUGAUCUAUUUCGCAACUCAGACAUUGGACUGUUUUGAUUUUAGGAAUCUUUAUCUGGUGCCUUUUACAUUCUCAUUUUUUUUUCAUCUCUUGCCUGUAUUGUAAAAGAAUGCAACAACUUCGUCUCCCUCCAAUUCAUAAAGUUUCAUAUGCUACUCACCUUUAGAUGCUCACCGUUAUCGUUAGGAAAUGAUAAUCACCACCACUAAUCACCAUUAUUACUUUUCGUGUUCAUUUCUAGUUAUUUUAAACCCUUCUUCCCAUGUUAAUAAAUCGAGUUGGCCUUAUCAUCAAUUUGAAGUAUUUGGGAUCAUUUAAGCUUUCUGUUUUUUACUUCACUUUAUUUGAUAAUUUCACUAUCACAGUGCUUCAACAACAUCUUAUUCCUUUUCGUUACAGAAUCACUAAUGUUUCCAGUGAUUGUAAAUAAUUCUUUUGGCAAAUAUUACAUUUCUCAAAAAUUGAUUUUAUUCCAUAUCCAGUUUACCAGGUUAUAUAUAUAUAUAUAUAUCCUGUUGUUCCUCAUACUUACUAACUUAAAUAAUUUGUGCAAACCUAUCACGGUGUAUUCUGAAGAACCUAUUUCUUGAGUGGUUUCAUCUGCAUUGGGAUGAUUUUAAAAAAGUGUUUUAUACACUAGAAUUGUUUAUAUCUGCUUGGUAACUCAUUCUUAAAUAAGUAGAAAUCGAAGUUCUAUGAAAAACAUAAAUUCACGGAAGACAUAGUUCAACUACUGUUUUAGUGCAAGUAGUAGUAGCAGGAGAUCGUACUUAUUAACUAACUGUUGAUUAAAUUAUUAUCUACAUUGAAAGUCAACGUGCAUUGUUCGGCUUGUUUCACGCCGUUUUCUGUUUUGAUUUUUUUUCUCAUAAGAAGCAGUGUUUUGUCGAGAACAUAAACUCUUGUUGAAUGCAUAGUAUGUUUAUUUAAUCUUCUAUAAGACUAUUUCCUUGACAAACUUUUGCGUAACUUGUGUGUAUAGUCUUUUUGUCUCGCUUGUUUUGUUUUUAAACUACCGCUUCAUCAGCUCAUCAGAUUAUAUGCAAUGCUAAAUGAGGACUACUAUAUUAAUCAAUUUGUUUUAUUUUUCAUUUUGGCUAUAUAUUGUUGAAUGCUGAUUACAAUAAAACUCAUUCUGAGUUGCCCU